AUGACGGCGGUGGAUAACGAGCUGCGGUGCAACCUCAGCCAGUGUAGGGCUCAGCUGGGAGUCGAUGGUCAGGCAGUGGUGACGACUUGCUCGCUCGACUGUGCGAACCAAUACUUUGGCGAGAGGCAAUGUCCGGCAUGCGACCAGCCACUGAAUGACGACGAUGAUAUCGUUUUCAGCCACCUCAGCCCCACUACGAAUUACAAGACUACAAUCUUGGCUGGGAUGACUCCCGGUCUCAUCCUUGACAUAGCGACCAGAGCGCUCGGCUUUUGGUCGUACCAGACUUCGGCGGAGGCUGCUUAUCAAUCCGCCCUGCUCCAAAAGUCGGAAGCGCAGACGGAGGAAGCCAGGCAGGCUUAUGGAAGCUUGAACAAUGAUCUUGCACGUGCUCAGCGCGCUGCGAAGGAAUAUGAGCAUCAGCUCAAUAUCGAACGGCGUCGAUCACACGGCUUUGAGCAGGCGUUGAAGGAGAAGGAUCGGGAGCUGCUCAAGUUGAAAGGGAUGAGUGACAAUAUGAUGAAGCGAGCCGUACUGGGCAACGCCGUCCAGAAUGGGAUGAUGCGGCCUGGAGGAAGCCAGCAAACCCCGGUGGACGCAACGCGCCAGAUCGACCGGCGGCGGAUGAUGUCGAACACACCCAUAGCCACCUCCAAUGCCCAGCAGAACUUCCGACCUACCCCCAAUGUCCACAACGUGCCUCAAUCCGUCCGACGAGCCCCCGUCUUCCCCCAGAUCCCCUCCACCACUCAGGCUUACAGCUCCCGCCCAUCCCCCGCGUUUCAGCUCCACCCAAAGAGCGGCUCUGGUCAGGCGGCAACGGCAGCGAGUCAGCGGGUGGCGAGGGAUGUUCAGCCCGUGCAGCAGCGUGACCAGCAGGGCAGGAGUCAACGGACAGGCAGCGAUGCUCCAAGUGAGGAUGGACGACGGUUGAGGAGUCGGCAGGCAGUUGGACCUGCAUACUAUGGUGCCCCGUGA